UAUCACUUCAACCCUCUGCUAUGGACAUCUCUGAGUACGCUUUCCCUUUUCAUUUCUUCUACUAAGUCUGUCCAUACAAAGUCCAAAACCAGAUCUUUCCUUGUAUUUUGCUUGAAAAUACUUAUCACUAGAUUUUUCACUGCUUCCCCUUCUUCUGGAUCUGGAUCCCCUGCUUCUCUUUUACUCUAUUUUUUCUAAGGAAGGAAAAACGGGUUGAGAAUGGAAGAAACUGCAGGGAAUGCUGUUUUAGAAGUUGGAAAGUGCUUAGGUGCUCCUAUAGGGCGUCCAUUUAUGUACUUGUACAACUACAAAAGCAACUUUAGCAAUCUCGAAAAAGAAAUUGGAAAGCUGAAGGAUGCGAGAGAUGAGGUGAAGGAUAAGGUUGUUGCAGCUGAAAAGAACGUGAAAAAUAUCAAACAGCAGGUUAAAGACUGGCAGAGGGAUGUGGAUUCCAUCAUUGAUGAAGCAGAGAAGUUGAUUCAAGAGAAAACAAACAGCCGAUGUUUCAACUUGAUCACCUUUUACAAAAAUAGCAGGAAAGCAUCGAAAAAGGUGAAGGCUGUAGCUGAAUUCCUGCAGGAAAAAGAAACAUGCAGUGAAGUUUCCCUUCCUACCACUCAUGAAGACAUUCGGCUUAAGAACAAAGAUUACGAGGAAUUUGAAUCAAGACUCUCAACUUUGAAUGGUGUCUUGAACGCUUUAGCAGAUACUGAGGUGGCAUUAUUGGGGUUUUCGGAAUGGGUGGCAUUGGCAAAACCAUGCUGGUCAAAGAAGUUGGUCAGCAAUCCAAGAAAAAACAGCUCUUGGAUGAGGUAUCUGAUAAAGCAGACACUAAAAAGAUUCAAGAUGAACUAGCAAAUCAGUUACUUCUGAAAUUUGAGACGGAGGC